UGAUCUUCAUCUUUCUUAUUUCCUUUUUUUUUCUUCCAUUAAGGGUAUCCCCAGCAGCAAUAACAAAUGGUGUUCUGUGGACUCUUCUCUCCUCUUAUGAAUUGCAUCAAACCAAGUUCUAACAAGAACAAUUCCCCGAGGUCCAAAUACUCAUCAGACCUCAAGUACUACACAUCCUCUUGCCAACAAGACUCCGACCUCAAGACCUUUGAUUCCUCCCUUCACAAGCGAACAAAUAGUGUCAUGAAGUUGCUCGCCGAUCAGGCCAAGUCCCAGUCUAUAUCCCAAGGCUCACUCAUGGAGGUCUACGAGUUUAUGCUCGACCUCAACCGAGAUGUAGUAAAGGAGAUCAUCGAAAGCAGAGAAGACGUCAGGAACAACAAAGACCUGACCUCUUUGGUCGAUGUCUACUUCAAAAACACCUCCAAGACCUUAGACUUCUGCAACACCGUCCAGAACUGCGUCAAGAUAGCAGAGAACAGCCGCCUUAUCAUCCGUUACGCGGUGAAGCAGUUCGAGGCAGAAUCCGAGGACGCAAACAAGAACAAGUACGCGAAAACCUUGGAGGAGCUGAAUAAGUUUAAAGCCGUGGGAGAUCCUUUCGACGGAGAGUUCUUGACUCAGUACGACUCGGUGUACGAGGAGCAGGUUCUGCUUCUUGAUGAAUUAGGUAAGCUGAGAGCAAAGCUAGACAAGAAACAGAGGAAUCUAAAGACGUGGAGGAGACUUUCAAAUGUGGUUUUCAUAACUGCGUUCGUCUCCGUUCUUCUCUUAUCGGUGGCUGCAGCUGCACUGAGCGCACCGAUAGUGUUGACUGCGGUCGCCGCUGGGUUGACCCCGUCGAUCGAGGUUGUCGGAAAAUGGAGUAACAAGAUGUGGAAGAAGUACGAAAAGGCUGUCAAGAGACAGAGGGGGUUGGUCUCGACGGUGGAGACUGGGGUGAAAGUUAAUAGAAUAGCGACGGAUAGCAUAAAACUGGAAGUUGAUAAUCUGAGAAUAAGGUUGAAAUUUAUUCUGGAGACUGUUGAUUUUGCGGUGGAGAGAGGAGAAGAUGAGGAGGCGACGAGACUUGCGAUGCAAGAAAUCAAGAAGAAAGUAGAAGGGCUUACGGAGAAAAUCAAGGAAGUAGGUCAACACACGGAUAGGUUCAGCAAAGUCAUUUCUUCGGAGAGACGUCUCGUUCUGCAGCACAUCCUCAGCUUACCCGCCAACUCCCUCUCCUAGAAAGGGGUUCUUGCAAAAGAUGUUAUCAUCAAAAGUUGUUGAGCAGGUUGUUCACUUGAAA